GAAGAAGACGAAGGAGGAGAGGGAGGAGAGAGAGGAAGUGUGCUGGGCAGUAACAGUGCUCCACAUCCAGUAUCAGGUGCAACGCACACUAGGACAAAGGCUCGGGAACUACAGAGAGGGACAGCGAGGGGGUGAAACGGCACCAUGUUCAAGGGACAGAGCAAGUCACCUACCAAGUCUCCUACAAAGUCUCCUACAAAAAACAACAAGGUGACUGCCAAUGAACUGGCUAUGUUAAUCUCCCGCAUGCAGAAGUAUGCUGACCAGGUGGAAAAGAAUAUAUUGGAGACUCACCAAAAACUGAAGCAGGAUGCGGGUAAUUACACUUUGAAGAAAAGUUUUGAGCAUCAACAAGAAAACGCAAAAAGCCUGAAAGAUUCUGAGCUUCUUCUAAAAGAUCUUUUCCUAGAUGUGGACAAAGCAAAGAAAUAUGGACACCCUCAGGCUGUGGAAAUAGACAAGGACAUACGCCACCUGCAUGAGCGUCUCAGUGCCGAGUGUGCAGAAUACAGAGAUGUGUAUGAGAAGUUUAAUAUAGUGCCCCCAGAACCAAAAGUCAACUGGCCGCAGAUCCUAGACAGCAAGAAGAAACAAGUAGAUGGGGCUCAGUAUGGACCUAGCCUGGCAGAUGUGGAACGUCAGAUUGCAGAACACAACAUCCUGCAGAGAGAGAUUGAUGAGUAUGGAACAGACAUCCGUGACCUCCCACAGGAAAAUGCUGCCAUUAAGAACCAGUAUCGCAGUCUACUGGAAGACUCGGCAUGGCGAGGCAGGCACCUGGGCAGUCUGUACAACCACCUGCACGGAUGCACAAAGGAAUUGCUCUACCUGAGUGAAGAACAGAACAAGAUCCUCAAACAGGACUGGAGCGAUCAAAUUCCUGAUCUGCCCAGCACACGCAGGCAAUAUGAGCGUUUUAAGUCUGAGGAACUGCUGUCCCAGGAAGAGAUGGUGAAUGAGCUGCUGGAUGAUGGGGACAGAAUGAUUGAACUCAAACACCCAGCUGCCAGCUGCAUCCAGGCUCACGAUGAAGCCCUGAAAGGAGAGUGGCAGAACUUUCUAAACUUGUGCAUCUGUCAGGAGAACCAUCUGAAGAACGCAGAAGACUACAAGAAGUUCCAUGAUGAUUUGGAAUCUGUGGACCAAACCAUAAAAAAUGUGAACAGGAACCUUGUCACCAAAUACAGCAAGCCGGACACACAGACUCCCGGGGUGGUGUCUGAGCUAUUGCUGGAUCUAGAUAAGGAGGACAAGCAGCUGGUCCAGGCCGAGAAGACCUUGUCUGAGCUCAAACAAAGUGCACCGGACGUUGUUCCCAUCAAACAGAGAAGGCUAAAACCGAAGGAGGCCAUUAACGUGGAAGCUAUCUGUGACUGGGAUUCAGGAGAUGUCCAGUUGAACAAAGGAGAGGUCUACAAACUGAAAGAUAACAGCAAGCGGGAGAGCUGGGUCACACAUAGUCCUGGAGAUGGGAAUACCAAGGAUGCUCCAGCUGCCUGUUUUGUGAUUCCUCCCCCAGACAAGGAAUCUACUGAACUGGUGAAGAGGUUGGAUAUGGAGUUGAGUGAUGUGAAGAAGAAAAAGGCUGCAGUGCAAAAUGCAUUAAAGUCAAGCAGCCGUGAGUCUAAUAAACCAAGUCAAAUAGCUCCAGUGAGUGGUGCCCCAGUACCGCCAGCUAGGACAUCAAGUGUUCCAAGCGAAGAUCCACAGGGAACACAGGCACUUAACAAGCUAAACAAAAUCUAUGGAGACUUGCAAGAUACUGAGCAGGAGAUACUAACUAGGGUGCGCUCACCUGUUAGUCGUUCUUCACCGAGCCAGGAUCUAACCGGAAGGCUAAAGGAACAGGAGAGAACGGACCAGCGCCUGCAGAACAUUGCAUCAGAGAGGGAUACUGCUAGGAGGGAGUGUGAAAACUUCCUAGCAAAAAAACCAACAGGUCCAACAGCUGCCCAGCUCCCCACCACACUGACAAAUGUCAACACCAAGCAGAAUGACGUGAAGGCUCUGUCAUCACUCUAUGGAGAGCAAGCUAAAGCAUCGCUCAAUUUGGAAAAUCAGAUUAGCAAAACAGAUGACACAAUCCAGGUCUUUGAGGCUUACCUGGCACAAGAUAGGACCAUUCCUUCCGCAGCCAAUAGCAUCCAGGAGCAUGCAAGUGACAUUCAGAAAAUGAAGAGAGACUUGGUGCAGAAACAGGAUAAUCUUCUUAAGUUAAACAGAAGUUUAAAAGACACAGAACUGGCAUGCAGCUCGCUACAGAACAACACGAAUGAGCACAGUCCUGACUUGCCACGUCAGCGUAUCCAGGUCCAGAGACUCAAUGACAGAUACCAUGCUGUUGCUGACCAACUGGACCAAAGAGAAAAGAUGCUCAGAGACACCAGCCUACCAUACCAGCAAUUUAAAUCCUCCAGUGAUGGUCUGGACUCCUGGCUGAAAGGCCUCCCACGCAACCACAUCACAUCAUCGGAUGGUCCUAGUCAGGUCAACUACAAACUACAAAGCCAGAAGAGGCUGGUGGAGGAGAUCCAAAGGAAGGAGCCGGAGAAGAAUGCUAUAGUGAAGCUUUCCAAGGACUUGUCAAAUUCUCUAAAUGAUUAUGAGACUCAGGCUGACCGAUACUGCUCUACUCUGGAUGCCUCCGUCGUCUCUGCUGCUCCUAAGAAGCCUAGGGUCACCACUCUGCAGGAAAACAUUGAAAACCAGGAAAAGGAUUUGGUGAAACGUUACACAGAGGCAGCAGUGGAGAGUAAGCAGCAGCUGAACCAAAUGGAAUUUGCCAAGAAAGUUUUGGACAAGUCAGAUACUCCGGAUGGAGUCAAACGGACAAUGGAGCACAACCUGCGCUCAGAGAAUGCGGGGACAUCAGCUCGGGACUCAAUUAACCUAUCACAAAAGUUAGAGGAGGAAAGAAGGAAGGUGACCCAGGUACAGCAGACAUUGGAGGAGAAUAGGAAGAAGUUACUUCUGCUGAAGACACAGAGACCAGUGGAGAGACUGGAGGAGAAGGAAAUGGUAGAGUACUACAGAGAGCCUAGGCUGGAGAGUGAAUUAGUAAAUCUGAAGAACCAAGCAGAUAACACCUACCAACAGAGACAAAAAACACAAUCUGAGAUAGAGGUGGUCAGCAAGAAGUUGGUGACUUUGGAAAACCAGAAGAAGAGCAUCAAGCCACAGCUGCUGACCAAAGAAGUCACAGAGAUAGAAAAAGAUCCUAACCUGGAUUCUCAAACUCAGUCCCUGAAAAAAGAGAUAAAACAUCUUAAGGAUGAGAACAACUCAAUUUCACUGGAGUUAGAACGCCUGAAAAUGGAAGUAAUGGUACUGGAGCAGAAACAGCCCAAUGUGAAAGAAACAGUUGUACUGAAGGAAGUGGUGAAGGUUGAGAGGGACCCAGAGAUGAUGAAGGCUACACGAGCUUUGCAGCUAAAGAUUGAUGAUGAAACCUUCCGCAGGCAGUCUCUUCAAGAAAAUAUUGUUAAGCUGAAGAAUAGGACACAAGAACUGGAGAAACUGAUAGAUUCAGUUGAGCCUAAGGUCAUUGUAAAGGAAGUAAAGCAGAUAGAGCAAGACCCAGAAACCUUGAAGGAAGCAACUAAGCUCAAAUCAUUAAUACAAGAAGAAACAAAUAAAAGAGUUCUUCUGAGUAGGGAGUUAACUGAGUUGCGAUCCAAGUAUGUGGUGGUAGAGAAGCAGAAGCCCAAGGUGGAGAUUAAAGAAAGGGUCAAUGAAGUGUUUGUUGUGCAGCCAGAAACCGAAAAUGAGAUUGUUCGGUUGAAAGCUGCUCUUCAAGAGGUCAACUCUAAAAAAUCUCUCUAUGAUAAAGAAUUGUCCACAACUCAAAAUACAGUGUUUAUGUUGAAGUCACAGAAGCCUGUAGUAGAGUAUAAGGAAAUUGUCCAAGAAGUAGUGAAGCUUGAGAAGAGCCCAGAAGUGAUGAAAGAAAUCGACAGAUUGAGAGGGCAACUUAAUGACCUAGAGUCAACCAACAACAAGUAUCUGGAUCAAAAAUCCAAGCUAAACACUGAGAGAGAUAACUGGAAAAAGGAGAGGUCAAAAGUGGAAACAAAAACAGUGAACAAAGAGGUUGUUAAGUAUGAAAAUGACCCAGUGUUGAUAAGAGACGCAGAGCGCCUGCGUCAAGAAGUACGUGAUGAAUCACAAAGAAGAAGGGAAGUGGAAGAAUUAGUGUUUGACUUACAAAGCAAGUACAUGUUGCUAGAGCGAAGGAAACCAGAAGAGAGGGUCGUGGUUCAAGAGGUGGUGCAUGUUCAAAAAGACCCCAAAAUAGCAGAAGAACAUUACAGACUGAGUAGGACGUUAGAUGAAGAAGUUAGCAAUAGGCGUCGUUUGGAGCGCGAGGUGCAACAAUUACGCAGUCUGGUGGAAGAAAAACAAAAGCUGCUGAAUUUCCAGGAAGAGAGAGACAAGAAAUUAGCCGCAGAAAAAGAGCUGCGACAGAUCACUCGCAGAAUCAAGGAAAUUGAGGAAAGCCCUCCACCAGUUCAGGAGAAAAUUGUAAUGGAGGAAGUGGUAAAAGUGGAAAAGGACCCUGUAUUAGAAAGUUCAGCUAAUUCCCUGCGCAAUGACCUUGAUAAAGAAAAGACACAGAUCUUGAACAUCGAAAGAGAAUGCAAAAAUCUGCAGGUGAAGAUAGAGAUCUUACAGAGGGAGAAGUCUUUGGAAAAAACAAUCUACAAAGAAGUUAUCAGAGUGGAGAAGGAUAAGGUACAAGAGAGUGAGAGAGCCAGACUACGUGAGCUGUGCAAUAAGGAGCGUAACACUAGGCAGGACAUUCAAGAUGAGACCAGAAGACUCAAAGAAAAAAUUGAGAGGGUGGAUAAAAUGAAAAAGACAUGGUCAAUACAAGAAGCUGACCUUCAGAAAGACAGACAACAGGCGCAACAGGAAAAGUCAGCCAUAGAAAAUGAACUACUGGAACUGCGGAGACAACAACAGCAAAAAAGUGUAUUCUUGAUUAAAGAAUCAGAACUACUCACACAAAGGGCAGAAUAUGAGCGCCAGAAGAAAAUGCAGUUGGGACAUGACCUUUCUCUUCUGGAAUCUCAAAUCCUUAAAGAAAAAGACUGCAUUUAUGAAAAAGAAAGGAACAUUAGGGAUUUGCAGUCGCGUGUCAAUCGCGAAGAACGCAAUCAAGAGACACAAAUGAGAGAGACAAAUGUCUCCACAAAAAUAUCUAUCCUGGAUCCAGAUACUGGGAAAGAAAUGUCACCAUAUGAAGCGUACAAAAGAGGUAUCAUAGACCGCCAUCAAUACAUUCAACUGCAAGAAUUAGAGUGUGACUGGGAAGAAAUUUCCACAAUGGGUUCUAGCGGCGAAAUUUCUGUCCUUUUAGAUAAGAAAAGUGGAAAACAAUAUUCCAUUGAAGAUGCUCUAAGAUCAAGGAAAAUCACCAAAGAAGAACUUCAAAUGUACAGAGAUGGCAAACUCCCAAUUUCAGAGUUUGCCCUUCUUGUGGCUGGAGAGAACAAACCCCAGUCAAUGUCCAUUGGAUCUAUAAUUGGAUCCAGGUCUCCAGUGACCUCUCCUAACAGCCAAACCCAAACCCGCAGCUUCUUUGCACAAAGUGCACCAAAAGUAUUCCAUGAUGAUAGCUUCCCCAUUGCCGGUGUCUAUGACACCACAGUUGACGGCAAGUGCACAGUCAGAAGUGGAGUGACAAGAAAGUUAUUAGAUCCUGCAACAGGUCAGAAACUUCUGGAGGCACAGGCAGCUACUGGUGGUAUAAUUGACAUCAUCACCAAAGAUAGGUAUUCAGUUAAUAAGGCAAUAGAUAGGGGGCUGAUAGAUAGCACCAACCCACAAAACCUAUUUAAUGCACAGAAAGCAUUUACAGGUGUUGAGGACCCAGUAACCAAGAAACGUCUGUCAGUAGGGGAGGCUAUUCAGAAGGGACUAAUGUCCAAAGAGACAGCCUUGCCAUACUUAGUGGUCCAGCAUCUUACAGGAGGCUUGAUUGAUACUAAAAAGACAGGCAGAAUACCUUUGUCAGAGGCAAUAGAGCAAGGUAUGGUAAGCAAAGAACUGGCUGCUCAAAUCCAGGACGAAGCAACGUAUGAAAAGAAUAUCAUUGAUCCUCUCACUAAAGAGAAGGUGAACUACAAAGAGGCCAUGGCACGAUGCCGGAGAGACCCAGCAAGUGGCCUGCAGCUACUUCAAGCGGCUUCGGAGAGCUUCCAGCAUGCUGUCUACCGCCCUGUGAAUGUCAUACCCUCCUUGACAUCCUACAAGUACUAGUGGAGAUAGAUAGCUGCCAUAUCUUACUUUACUUCCUUGCUAUGUCUCUGUGUCCUGAUUUAUUAUAUAUGAUAUUGUUCCUCUUGUGACUGGCAAUGCUAUAUCUGUGGUGUAUAUUUUAUGUCCUCUGUCUGUCAAUAAACUGGAAAUUUAACUUUA